CCAGGCUUUGGCCGUUCUAGCGCCCGCGGUGCUCUCCGGGAUCCGACAUUUGUCCACAAAACAGCAUUUCCCUAGUGUCAAUCAACGUUGUCGCGCAAGAGGUAAAGUCGGAGGAGGUUAAGGAACCACUCGAACGCUCCACCGGCAAGGAGAUUGUCUUCCUCUUUUCCAAGAUGUACAGAACCAAAGUGGGCUUGAAGGACCGCCAGCAGCUCUACAAGCUGAUCAUUAGCCAGCUGCUCUAUGAUGGCUACAUCAGCAUUGCUAAUGGCCUCAUUAAUGAAAUCAAGCCUCAGUCUGUUUGUGCGCCCUCGGAGCAGCUGCUGCAUCUCAUCAAACUAGGAAUGGAAAAUGAUGAUACCGCAGUUCAGUAUGCAAUUGGUCGUUCAGAUACAGUUGCCCCGGGCACAGGAAUUGACCUGGAAUUUGAUGCAGACGUCCAGACCAUGUCCCCAGAGGCUUCAGAGUAUGAAACGUGCUAUGUCACUUCCCAUAAAGGACCGUGCCGCGUAGCUACGUACAGUAGAGAUGGGCAGUUAAUAGCUACUGGAUCUGCUGACGCUUCCAUAAAGAUACUUGACACAGAGAGAAUGUUGGCCAAAAGUGCCAUGCCGAUAGAGGUCAUGAUGAAUGAGACUGCACAGCAGAACAUGGAAAACCACCCAGUGAUUCGAACGCUUUACGACCACGUGGAUGAAGUCACAUGUCUCGCUUUCCACCCAACAGAACAGAUCCUUGCCUCUGGCUCAAGGGAUUAUACUCUUAAAUUAUUUGAUUAUUCCAAGCCAUCUGCAAAAAGAGCCUUCAAAUACAUUCAGGAAGCGGAAAUGUUACGCUCCAUCUCUUUUCAUCCUUCCGGAGACUUUAUACUUGUUGGGACUCAGCACCCUACUCUUCGGCUUUAUGAUAUCAAUACAUUUCAGUGUUUUGUCUCAUGCAAUCCUCAAGAUCAACACACCGAUGCUAUAUGCUCCGUGAAUUACAAUCCUAGUGCCAAUAUGUAUGUAACUGGUAGCAAGGACGGCUGCAUCAAGCUAUGGGAUGGUGUUUCAAAUCGAUGCAUCACAACUUUUGAGAAAGCCCAUGAUGGUGCCGAAGUUUGUUCUGCCAUUUUCUCCAAAAAUUCGAAAUACAUUCUCUCCAGUGGAAAAGACUCUGUAGCUAAACUUUGGGAGAUAUCGACAGGACGAACCCUGGUCAGAUACACAGGUGCCGGCUUGAGCGGGCGGCAGGUGCACCGAACACAGGCCGUGUUCAACCACACCGAGGACUACGUGCUGCUCCCCGACGAGAGGACCAUCAGCCUGUGCUGCUGGGACUCUCGCACGGCCGAGCGCCGCAACCUGCUCUCCCUGGGCCACAACAACAUCGUGCGCUGCAUCGUGCAUUCGCCCACCAACCCCGGCUUCAUGACGUGCAGCGACGACUUCCGAGCACGGUUUUGGUACCGGAGAUCCACCACGGACUAACCCGCCUCCAGGAUCUAGGGUUCUUUUCUCGAGGACUGCGCCCCUCCUGCCCCCGCGCCCCGUCACCAGUUCCGGUCGUAAGUCACUGCACCACCUGGCAGUUGUGCUGCCAUCUCUCCAUCCUUCUUGGAUUUGUACAAAAGAGUCUUUUUUUACCUUGAUGUAGAAUCAUGGUGGGAAAAGUUGGAAACGCAGAUCUGUGCAGUGGUUCUGCAUUCACUGAUUAUUACAGUGUGAUUUUCAUCGGUUUUGUAAAUACAGGACUUGCCAUUUCUCUUGAAUCUCUUGAUCAUUUGAAGAAGGAUAGAGUAUUAAAGUGCUUUCUAGAUCUCAACUGAACCUGUCCCGAGGAAUUUUCAUUUGGCAGUUUUGUCACCUUUCGUACCUGUUCUCCACCCUCCUUGUCCAUGUGUCUCCGUGCAGAAUACAUAUCGACCGACAAGUGGGCACACAGCUCUGAGAAUCGAGUGUUGUGCCGUAUUAAAACUAUUUUAGAGCAUCCAUCAGUUCUAUCCUAAAAUGACAUCAUUCUGAUAAUAAAGCUCAGAUCUCCAACUUUAGUGUUAUACUUUUUCACUUCGGUAAAAUAACGGCCAGUUUUUCCUGAAGAUUUGUAGGAGACAAGAUGUUUCAUUGUACCUCCCACAUUGUCCUUUCAGUGCCUGCAGUGCUUAUCUUCAGUGAAUACUUCUAAUAAGAUUAUUGCUGGUCUAUAGAAAACCUAAUUGAAGAUCCAUCCAAUCUAAUCAAAAUUAGGUGAUCCCGGCCACUGCUGCUCGCUCCACUGCUGCUCGCUCGUUUCACAGAUGAUUAAUACCGAUUGUCUCUGUUCUUGUGUAAUUUUAAUCUCGUUUUUCAGUUCUCUUCAGCAUGAAUCAUCACUGCUCAUCGUGGAUGCGCACAGCAACUAUGUUCUUGGAAGAUUUUUGCAGUUAACCAACCGAUGGGGGUUUUCUUUUUCUCAAAACUUUUUAGGAUGUGACACUAUUUCUCUGGAUUCAGCUCAGGCUAGAUCAGGGAACCCUAACCUCCCCUCCGAAAGAUAGACUUUGGUUUAUAUUUAUCCCCAAAUACAAAUACCUCAUGAUCUGGGUAGGAGUAUCUAGAAUUAGAAUUUAGGGUCAUUUGAUAAAAAUAUUAAAUAGAUUAAAGUUAAAGUGUUUUAUGUUAUAGGAACUUUAAAAUCUUCUGAGGUUUACUGCAUAAAAAUUCUUCCUCAGUCUGCCUUAAGGAUCAUUUCAAGUCUUUGGACUAUGAAACCAUCUUGGGCAUUCUUAAUGUGUUAAAUCAGAGUUUUAGUUCAGAUUUCCAAAGAGCGAUACUUUUAGUCUAUAGGGAGUUUGGAUUUGUUUUUAUUCUGUGUCUUGAUUCUCCAGCAUUUGAACUUGGCCAUCUGCGGGUGCUGCUUUCGUAAGAUUGGAAGAAACCUACUGACUAGGAACAAGAAUAACCAGUUCUGUAGAAAAUUACCAGCCCAAACGCCUCGCUUCUUUUUUGGCUGCUGCUUUUGCUUUCAACCCUAUGAAACUACAACAGAGGUUGAACAUUUCUGCCUCCUUCUGCUCCAGCACGCGCACUAGAGGGACCCCGAAGCAUUCCCGAUUUACGCUCCGCUGGGUCUUCUUAACUGUUGAUGAAUUUAAAUAAUGAUGCCUGCUUCUCCAGUUUCUGGAACGGUCUCAGCGGUGGAUCUGUAGUUUCAGGACUCCCCCUUACAGGAUCAGGAUACUGUGUGUGUUUCCAAAACAGACUCUUUUUUUUCUUCUUUUAAAAAAUCACAUUUUGGGA